GUAUUUACGAGUUAAUCAACACCUGUAUAGCCCAAGCUUGGGCCAUGUGCGUGGAGCGUGGGAGUCAAAAGAACAAAGGUUGGGUGUGGAGGAACGCGAACAUAAGUUCCGUGCGGGUGGAGCAAGACGCGCACCCAACAUGGGGCUAUAGCGAGCAGCUGAUUCUCGGCCACAAAGCUGGGAGAUGAUGCGUACAUCAGUAAUUUUGCCCUUGUGAGCCCUCCCUUACCACUGGCCAACCCCCAGACUCGCUAGAAUGCAAGAACACAAGUGUCUUCCGACGUAGUGGGUAACUAGAAAGCGAAAUGCCCAGGACAGUGACGCUUUAUAACGGUGAUAAGAAUGCAAUAGAGGAUUGUGUGGUUGGAGUGGAGAAGCUUGACGGAGUGACAGGACUCGGGGGAGAAGGUUGUGAGAAAGUGACAUCUUCUAUGACGACCACAGAGAACAACGACAACAAGCUGGCCAUGGCUGUAGAAUUUGACCACAUGUAUAUAGGAUGCUCGGACUCUAAGGCAUCCAUUGGAAAAGAUAUCGAAGUGCAGCACCUCAAAGAUCUUCUCUUAUUGCACUUGGACUUAAUUCAGCAGCAAGCUGAACAGUUGGUAGCCAAAGACAAACAGAUUAAGAGUCUUAGAGACGAAAAUGAAAACUUGCGGGCUAAAUUGGAGCGUAUGGAUAGGAGGGUUUCCCUUAGCUUGCAUAAAAAACCAAGUGAAGCAUCUACCAACACAGAGAGUGGGACAGAAACAGCAUCAGAAGCACCACCUCUCACACAGACCAAUCAUGAGUCUCCAUCAGAAAAAUCUGUAAAUGUUGAUCCUCUUCAGAACACACCAGGAUCUCCAUGUAAUAAAUCUCUCUCUUCAUUACUUCCAAACAAAGCUGGAUCUCCCACUUUUAAAACUAUAUCUCCUUCUAAUAAAGAUGGAUCACCAACCAAUAAAAUUGGGUUUCCUGGGAGUAAAACAGGGUUGCCCUCUAUUAAACCUAUAUCACCAAGCAAUAAAGUUGUAACUGCAAUAACUAAAAGUAUUAUCCCCUGCAGUAAACCUGCAUCUCCACCCAGUAAUACUUUAUCACCAUGUAGUAAGCCUGAUUCCCCUUCCAGUAAAAUUGGAUCCCAAAGUAGUGAAACAGAGGUCCCUAUAAACAAGAUUGUUUCCCAAUAUAAUAGUAUUGUGGAAACCAUUGACAAUAAAGUACUCUCUCCUAGUAAACUUAGUUCCCCGACUAACAAAGUAGUACCUAGCAAACCUGUGCCCCCUUGUACCAAACCUGAGCUCCCUUGUACCAAACCUGAGCCCCCUUGUACCAAACCUGAGCCCCCUUGUACCAAACCUGAGCCCCUUUGUACCAAACCUGAGCCCCCUUGUACCAAACCUGUGCCCCCUUGUAACAAACCUGUGCCCCCUUGUAACAAACCUGUGCCCCCUUGUACCAAACCUGUGUCCCCUUCUAAUAAGCCUGCUCCACCUUGUAGCAAACCGACCCCCCCUUCUAGCAAAUCUGCCCCCCCUUCUAGCAAACCUGCCCCUCCUAACAAAUCUGAUCCCCCUUCUAGCAAACCUGCCCCUCCUAGCAAAUCUGACCCCCCUUCUAGCAAACCUGCCCCUCCUAGCAAAUCUGACCCCCCUUCUAGCAAAUCUGAUCCCCCUUCUAGCAAAUCUGAUCCCCCUUCUAGCAAAUCUGACCCUCAUUCUAGCAAACCUGACCCUCCUUCUAGCAAAUCUGACUCCCCUCCUGGCGGCAAACCUGCCCCUCCUGGCGGCAAACCUGCCCCUCCUGGUGGCAAACCUGCCCCUCCUGGUGGCAAACCUGCCCCUCCUGGCGGCAAACCUGUUUCUCCUGGCAGCAAACUUUCCCCUCCUGGUGGCAAACCUGUGUCUCCUGGUGGCAAACCUGUGUCUCCUGGUGGCAAACCUGUCUCUCCUGGCGUCAAACCUGUCUCUCCUGGUGGCAAACCUGCCGCUCCUGGUGGCAAACCUGCCGCUCCUGGCGGCAAACCUACCCCUCCUGGCGGUAAACCUGCCCCUUCUGGCGGCAAACCACCUGUCCCUCCUGGCGGCAAACCAUCUGCCCCUCCUGGCGGCAAACCUGCCCCUCCUGGCGGCAAACCACCUGCCUCUCUUGGCGGCAAACCUGCCUCUCCUGGCGACAAACCUGCUCCUGCUGGCGGCAAACCUACCCCUGCUGGCGGCAAACCUGCCCCUGCUGGUGGCAAACCUGCCCCUCCUGGCAGCACACCUGCCCCUCCUGUUGGCACACCUGCCCCUCCUUGCAGCAAACUUUCCACUCCUUGCAACAAACCUUCCCCUCCUUGCAGCAAACUUGUGUCCUCUUUUAAUAAAACUGUAUCUGCUAGUGGCAAACCAGUUUCUACUUGUAGCAAACCAGUUUCUACUUGUAGCAAACCAGUUUCUACUUGCAGCAAACCAGUUUCUACUUGCAGCAAACCCAUUUCCACUUGUAGCAAACCCGUUUCCACUUGUAGCAAACCUGUUUCCACUUGUAGUAAACCCGUUUCUAACUGUAGCCAACCCGUUUCUACCUGUAGCCAACCAGUUUCUACCUGUAGCCAACCAGUUUCUACCUGUAGCCAACCCAUUUCUACUCGUAGCCAACCCAUUUCUACUCGUAGCCAACCCAAUUCUACUUGUAGCAAACCAGAUUCUACUUGUAGCAAGCCCAUUUCUCCAACUAGUAAUUCUGUGCUCCCUGCUGUCAAACCCAUGUCCCCGGUCAGCCAGCCCGUGUCCCCGGUCAGCCGGCCUGUGUCCCCAGUCAGCCGGCCCGUUUCCCCAGUCAGCCGGCCCAUGUCCCCGGUCAGCCAGGCCUUGUCUUUAUCUAGCCAACCUUUGUCUCCAUCCAACCAGCCAGUGUCCCCAGCUGGCCAGCCUGUGUCCCCUAGUAGCAAUCCUCUAUCCCCGUGUAGUAAACCUGUUGCCUCAAGGAACAAACCUGUGUCCCCAAGUAGCAAGCCUGUAUCUCCUUGUAGAAAGCCUUUAUCCCCUUCUACUAAAACAGGAUCUCCUUCUGGUGAAGUAGUCUCUCCUCCUUCAGGUAAACCAGGGUUGCCUUCCAAUAAAGUUGCCUCACCUCCUAGUAAAGCCACAUCCCCCCCACUCAAAGCAGUGUCCCCAAGAAAUAAAUCUCCUAUACCCCCUAAUAAAUCUGUAAAAAUUGAAGUGACGAGAAAACCCUCACUGAAGGCUGCCACACCAAAGAGCUCACCUCGAGAGAAAUGCCCAAGAAGAGAAACAACUGAAAGUCUCCUGGGUGAAAAUGAUUGUGAUACAGAACCAAUAUUAGAUCAGCUUAAGAAGGAAAUACCUAGGAACAUUCAGACAAGAGACAGACACAAUUUGAAACGCAAAUCUGAAAGUGAGAGUGAGAUAUCUACCAAAAAAUUUAAGCUGGAUGAACCAACUGAAUCCAGUGGAGCGACUGAUCACAAUUUGAGAUCACGGGACAAAUCUAAGGAGAAAAUUAAAGAUAUAAUCAAGCAGAGUUCUCCUAUCCCUACGGCUGACCGGCCUGCCACACCAACGUCUCGAGCAGCAGCACUAGAAGCCAAAAAAUUGCGCCAAAAACUUCUCCUUAAAGAGCGUCCAUCCAGAGGACAACCGUGUGGUCAGAAGAGAGGCCAGCCUCCAACAGGAAGAGCAGUGCGAGGAGAAGGGAUCCUGAACACCAGUGUGUCUUAUUACCUUCCAUAUGGAAUCUUAGUUGAGGAUCCUAAUCCUGAAGAGGAGUGUUUACAGGCACAAGUGGAGAUUCCACGAUGGGGAACACGCAUAUUAACCAGUCUCUAUGUAAUGGAAGGCACAGAAAACUUGGAAGAUGAAGUUUUCCUAAAGAGACACGCUAAGCCUGAACAAGAGGAAAAGAGACGCAAGAGGUGGGAUUUACAGAGAAUGAGAGAGCAGCGUCAUUAUGAGCGUCUAAGAGAACGGUAUGAAGGUCGACAAAAUCCAAGCGAACCGGAAGUAUCUGGGUACCGGUCAUUAUGGCCAAAUCCUGAAUCGGCUGUAUAUUUGCAUGUAGACGAUUGUCUACCUGUCUGUGCCUUUGGUCAGCCCAUGGCUAGGAUACCUCCUCAGGAGUUUGUAUUGCCGUGGUUAUCCGGCCGCUGCCAAGAUGGUAUAUCAACUCGCCGAAGAAAAAGACCGUAGAACUGUGUCCAGAAAUUAAUAAAACACAAUAACAUUUUCUUGUUAUUUUAUUUUUUGUUUUCAAACUUCUUUCUUCUGUCAAAAUGCCUUUUAAGUAUUAUUUUAUAUUCACUUUUCUAAUGGUAUCAUUUGUCAUUUAUAGAGCAUCAAACACUCUAGACAUCUAAGAUAUAUAUGUAGUGUCAAGAUUUAUUAUUUUUUAAAAGAUUUGUAUAACCAGCUUAUCACAUGGCUUUGUACAAAUUAACUUUUAAGUGACUCAUAUUGUGUCUAACUUGUGAAUAUUAACCAAAGUGAGGUAAUUCAUGAAUGUAUCAUGAGAGUGCUUACAUGGAUCCAUUAAGAGAGUUUGUUCAACUUUUUAUCAUGAAAGAUGUUUGAGGGAUGCAAAUCAGUCUGAACUAGUCAUUUGCAAAUAGUUUAAUACAUAUACCUAAUUUUCAGACUGUCAUCAUCCUUACUACAGGUUUUAAUGUCUAAUAUAGAUCUUUCUACUUAAAUUGUUUUAUGAAUACUUAAGAUUUUAUUUUAGCUUAUUGCAAGAAUUUCCUGCUCAUCAUCAAGUAUUUAGAACAAUUUAAAUAUUACCUCACUUUGGGCUAGCCCUAUUAUUAGGGGUUAUUCUUCACAGGGUCUACAAAAACACUUGAUACUUAAUUUCAAUAAAACAGUUUGCCAACAUUUUUUUAAUGUUCAUGACAUUGCAAUAUGGUUUGGAUGUGAAUAUUUGAAUUAUAUAAUUCUUUUUACAAUACCUGAAUAAUUUUUCACGUCGCUUAAAAAUGAAACUGUAUAUAAUAAGAGAUCACAUGGUCAGAACUUGAUUUCAAAGAUGGCUUAACGUAUAUUUUACUUUUAUGCUGUUUCCCACGUCCUAUUUUUCCACAUGCUUCACUGGAGAGUACAAUUGUUGAAAGGAAUUUUAAAGACUAAAUUUCUUGUUAAACUAGGGUAAAAAAUACAGUAUUGAAUCAUA